AUGGUUGCGCCGCCGCCGCACUCCAAGCACAGCGAGCGCGGCUUCCGAUGCUUGCAGAGGGAGCCGCCGCCGCACUCCACGCAGUCCGAGCGCGGCUUCCGAUGCUUGCAGAGGAAGCCGCCGCCGCACUCCACGCACAGCGUGCGCCGCUUCUGA